ACGAGACGAACGAGGAAUAAAUAGGAAGAUAUCCACGUAGCUUAUAUAUCCAUCCGCCGUUACAAAUGUGCCCGUUUGUUUAAAGAAAGCCUACUUUAAUUUAGGAGAUAUAGGCGUUCAUAGUGGCGGGGUAACGCGAAUAAAACCCCACACCGGCCGGUCCUUUUUGCUGAAAGGGAAGAGGACGAAAAAUGGAGCUGGAAGACGGAGUUGUGUACCAGGACGACCCGGGGACAUCUGCGAUGAUGUCGGAGCGGGUCUCGGGCCUGGCCAGCUCCAUCUACCGCGAGUUUGAGAGGCUCAUCGGCAAGUAUGACGAGGACGUGGUGAAGGAACUGAUGCCGCUGGUGGUGGCCGUGCUGGAGAACCUGGACUCGGUGUUCGCGGAGAACCAGGAGCACGAAGUGGAGCUGGAGCUGCUAAAGGAGGACAACGAGCAGCUCAUUACCCAGUAUGAGCGGGAGAAAGCGCUGAGGAAACAUGCGGAGGAGAAGUUCAUUGAAUUUGAAGACACCCAUGAGCAGGAGAAGAAGGACCUGCAGAACCUUGUGGACCGGAUGGAGUCUCACUCACGGCAACUGGAACUCAAAAUCAAGAACUAUUCAGACCAGAUCAGCAGGUUAGAGGAGAAUGAGCUGGUACUGAAGAAGGAAUGCAACACUCUGCACCAGCGGCGUUCUGAGAUGAUCCAUAAUUACAUGGAACAUAUGGAGAGGAUCAAAAUGCAGCAGAUAAGCGAGACGUCAGAGUCUACGACUGGUGGCCGGGUCAGGAAAGAGCGGCCUCUUUCUUUGGGGAUUUUUCCCCCCUCUGGUGGAGCGUCUUUGAUAAUCCCAGAUUCCCACACCAGAGUGGAGACGCCAGGCACAGAAGGCUGGAGGUUUUCUGACUCCUCUCAGUUACUCUCCAACACUAGUCUGAAGCAGUUGGACUUUGUCAACCCCCCGGAGGAAAGGGAGGGUAAGAGUGUGCAGGACCCUACUUGGGGGAAUUCACUGGCAGACGACUGCAAGGACGAACUGUCAGACAUCACCGGCUCCAAAUCAACCACAGGCUCAGACAUGGAGAAAGAAGAAGGGAACAGUAAGAGUACACAGGUGCAGGCUGCACCAGGGACCAGAACCAUAUCAGACGGUUUGCCUGAAAAUGAGGAAAACUCAGAUGUGCAGGACAUUAUUGAGUCCACUCCUGAGCUGGACAUGGAUCUGAUUGGAUACAAACCCUGCAGCACUCCCACGAAAGGUAUCGAAAACCUGGCGUUUGACCGUAACACAGACUCCCUGUUUGAGGAGCUGUCCUCUGCGGGGAUGGGGCUCAUAGGGGAUGUGGACGAAGGGGCCGACCUGCUGGACCUUAGUUUGAUUGGAAUGGGUCGGGAAGUGGAGAAUCUAAUCCAGGAAAAUUCACAGCUGCUUGAGACAAAGAAUGCUCUGAAUGUGGUUAAUAAAGAUUUGAUCCUGAAGGUGGAUGAGUUGACCUGUGAGAAAGAGGUGCUGCAGGGGGAGAUGGAGGCUUUGCUGCAGGCCAAAAACAAGAUAGAGGAGAAAAACAGAAAGCUGGAGGAGGAACUGAAAAAAGUCCGACAGGAAGUAGAGGAAGUGAAGCAGAAUAGCAAAGAUGAAGAAGAUAGUGAGGUACCAACAGCUCAGAGGAAGCGCUUCACCAGAGUGGAAAUGGCCAGAGUGUUGAUGGAGAGGAACCAGUAUAAGGAGCGGCUGAUGGAGCUCCAGGAAGCUGUGAGGUGGACGGAGAUGAUCAGGGCUUCAAGGGAAAAUCCAACUCUCACAGAAAAAAAGAGAUCAAGCAUCUGGCAGUUCUUCAGCAGACUGUUUAGCUCCUCCUCCAGUUCCUCGGUGAUGAAGACAGUGGAGGACCAGUCCAAAUUAAAGUACAACUCCCCAGGGAGCCUGGUGAAGCGGAGCAGCACUUUCUCCCAGUUCCCCACAGAGAAGUCCAAGAUAUUUGACUUCAUGAAUGAAGGAACGGAGCAGUGCAGCUCGCCCUCGCAUAAGGAGAAGAAGAAAGCCCAGUACCGACAGGUUAAGGCCCACAUGCAAAAAGAGGACGGACGGGUCACUGUGCACGGCUGGAGCCUGCCGAGCAAACACAAGGUUGUAAAUGGGGGGCAGAUGGAAAACAAAAUGAAUUUACCUGUAUCUGUCUACCUGCGGCCUUUGGACCAGAAAGAUGCUUCUAUGAAGCUGUGGUGCGCUGCAGGGGUCAACUUGUCUGGGGGUCGGAGGGUUCCCUCAUCAGAAAUGACAAAGCAGAUAAAGGGCUCCCAGAGUAGCCUGGACCAGCUAGAGCAGGAGAACAAGGAAAAAGGGGAGAAGGAGCUGAUUGUCCAGGAUGAGAUAUCCAGUCGUGUAUGGGUGUGCAUGAGCACCAGUUCCUCCACUAAAGUUAUGGUACUGGAUGCCACACAGCCCACCGAGGUGCUUGACACCUUCUACGCCUGCAACACACAUGUAGCCUGCAUUGCUAGUGUACCUGGUGUGUUAGAUUCAGAUUAUCCUGCCGGGGAGGAGGUACUCCAGGAGCCGGAGGCCAGCCAAGGGGACGGGGUUUCGCUGGCCGGCAGUGUGGCAAGUGUGGGCUCAACAGGCAGCGAUGGAGCCGCGGCAGCUGAAGGCGUCACCGCCGUUCUUCAAACCGCAAGCUUAGGUGUCUCUGAGCAGCCAGCGGAGUACAGCGCCACUUCAGGCUCAGUUGUUUAUUUCUCAAUUCCUACAGUUCAACUGUCCAGAGAGACAAGCCCAACAGAGGACGGGGUUCCUACAGCCGAAGAGGCAACAGAAGCGACAGAGGCCAAUGCCGGUGUGGGUGAAGGAGAGGAAGAUCAGGGAGCAUAUCCAAACCAGCCAGGAAUUUACACAGAGCAUGUGUUUACAGACCCUCUGGGGGUAGGGCCCACUGACUCCUGUCCUGCAGAGGCACAGAGGGGCCUUGUGCAGGAUGGUGAGCCUGCCCUGCCAGAAGUCAUUGAUACGUCCGAUAGUGAAGUCCUGAGAAUGAGCAGCGCUCUACCAACCAUGUGGCUGGGAGCUCAGAACGGAUGCCUGUAUGUGCACUCGUCUGUGGCACGAUGGAGAAAGUGUCUCCAUGCGAUUAAGCUCAAAGACUCCAUCCUCAGCGUUGUACACGUUAAAGGGAGGGUGUUGGUAGCUUUGGCUGAUGGGACCUUAGCAAUUUUUCACAGAGGCGCCGAAGGUCAGUGGGAUCUGACCAACUACCACCUGUUGGAUCUGGGGCGGCCACACCACUCCAUCCGCUGCAUGACGGUGGUCCAUGACAAGGUGUGGUGUGGCUACAGAAAUAAGAUUUACGUUAUUCAGCCCAAAGCCAUGAGGAUAGAGAAGUCAUUUGAUGCUCAUCCUCGCAAAGAGAGUCAGGUGCGCCAGCUGGCCUGGGUCGGAGACGGUAUCUGGGUGUCCAUCCGACUGGAUUCAACGCUGCGCUUGUUUCAUGCCCACACCUACCAGCACCUGCAAGACGUGGACAUUGAGCCUUACGUCAGCAAAAUGCUGGGUACUGGUAAACUUGGCUUCUCUUUCGUGAGAAUCACAGCUCUGGUGGUUUCCUGCAACCGACUAUGGGUGGGGACAGGAAAUGGAGUCAUCAUCUCCAUCCCAUUAUCUGAAGCUAACAAGACAGCAGGGAUAGUUUCUAAUCGCCCAGGCAGCGCUGUACGGGUUUACAGCGAUGACUGCUCAGAGGGCGCUGUGUCGUGCAGCUUCGUGCCGUACUGCUCCAUGGCCCACGCCCAGCUCUGCUUCCACGGACAUCGGGAUGCAGUAAAGUUUUUUGUCACAGUACCAGGUCAAGCGAUGCCACCUCCGGGCAGUGCAGAUUCAGGUUCUGAUGAUCCUCCAUCUGAAUCCUCAGACACAGCAACCUCUGAACCCAAAACAUACCUGGUCAUGAGCGGAGGAGAAGGUUACAUUGACUUUAGAAUCGGCGAUGAAGGCAGCGAGCUGGACGGUUUAUCCGAGCAGGCCAGCAGCCAGCCGGUGGCGCCCGCCAAGACCGAGCGAAGCCACCUCAUUGUCUGGCAGGUUGCCACUCCUCAUGAGUGAAAAACAUCGCAGAUUGCUGCAUCAGCUGCGGGGCCCCCCAGCAAGCCCGCAUGUCCCGCUUCGUUUUUUGUUUUUUUUCCACUAUCCUCUUUGCCUGAGUAAAAAACUUCUUUGUAAAGAAAACAAAAUGACAACAACAAAAAAUACUAAUUAUUUUUAUUCAGUGUUUUGUACCAUUUUAUUCCUUAAGAAUUUGAAACCGGGAAGCUCAUGUUUAUGUUAACGUAAAAGAAACCGUCCAGAUGUCCGCGCUUCUGAGUUGCACUUUCAGCAUGAUUAGUCCAAUCAUGUUAAUGUUUACCUAAAGGGUUUGAAAAUGAAAGGUAAAAGGGAUAUUUUAGUAGUUUUCUGUUAAUUAAAGCCUUUUUUUCUGCAUAAUUAGAAUCAAACCUAAUGGGAAUAAACCUUGUUUCAGAGACUGUUUCAUCAUCUAGGUUGCCACAUGAAGAAACAUCCAUGCACUUUGGUAAGGUUUCCUUGUGAAUAGAAGAACCAGGUUAGCAUUAGUUUGCAUGAGGAAGUCCUUUGUCCUCACUAAAAUAUGUGCUCGGCCACCCUGGAGCUAAACCUCCGUCCCAUCGGUGAAAAAACAUGGCUGCCAGUGCCGUCAGCUCACUGCUUCCUGUUUGCUUCAGCUCAAUGGCACUUUAAAAUGUUAAAUGUUAGUCACAUAAUAAAGUCUGGAGGAAUACGAGUGUAAGUAAUGUAAUCUACUGUGUCCUGAUUCUAUGAAGGGAGAAUUAAAAUGUUCAAAUUUUUGUUUGCUAGGAUUUUACAGUAACCAAAUGUUGGAGGAAGAAAACGAAAGGUCAUGGCUCUUUUUUUAUUUGCUAGUCGAGGGAUUUUUGAGUUAAUUGGUUGUAUUAGAUUUUAUUACAGGGGACCACACAACACUAAAGAGAGUCUCCCAUUAUUUCUCCUUCUCUCUUGUUUUUUUAUUUGUCCUUGUACUGAAGGUCUUAAAAGGCAAUUAUGACGUUUUUAUUGUUAUUUUGACAUUUUGAGUUCCUUUGGGAGCUACUUAAUGAAAUGAGUGUUUUAAUGACUGACUGAUAUGAUAGCAAGAUGGCUGUACGAUUUCAGAUGUUUUAAUUUGUUUUUAUAUCAAAAGAGCGGGGGCCAAGUUUGAUCCCAAGUCCAUUUCAUAGCAGUAACUUUAUAUUGUGUGUGUGUGCCAUUCCAGUAUUUAUUUUCUCCUUUGUUAAGGAGCCCAUUUGGGCUCAGAAUGUAACUUUCUACAUGAAAAAAUAUCAUAGGAGGCUAUUGUAAACAACAUAGUCCAAUGAGUUUACAUGAUUGUUAAUAAUGGUUAAAUAAAAUAGAUUAAUGCAAA